CGCCGCCAGCCUCCCAGGCAAAGGCCCCGCAGCCUUCCCUCUACAGCCCCGCUCGUCUCCCUCGCCUCCCGGGCGUCCGAAGUGGGGGAAACGUCGCCAAGCGGGCCUGACGCGGGGCUCCUCCGGCUUUGGCCAGGGCGAAGAAGGCGCCGCCGUCUCCUCCCCGGGCCUGCCCGCCGCGCUUCGCCCACUUGUUGCUCGUCUCCGCUGAUUGGGCUGCCGGGCGUCCCGCUCGGCUCCGCUCCGCCCCGGCCGGCCCGAGCGCGACCUCUGGCUCCCGGCGCCAGGCGGGGGCAAAAGGGGCGGGUCGGGCCCGCCGCCCCCAAAGCUGCCCGUUCGCGCGCCGGAGCCGCUUGCCUUGGCUUUUGUCCGGGGGAGGGAAGCAGAGAGGACUGCCAGCCGCUCCGCCUCUUCGGCCGCCUGUCUUCUCCGCCGCUCACCCUCAACUUUCGGCUCGCAAGAGAAGCGCCGCUGGGCAGCCGGAGCCUCCGCCAAGCCGGGCUCGUCUGCGCGCUUUUCCCCCCGCGGAUAAAGUUCUUCGUCGCGCCCAGGCCCGGCGGAGGCAGCGUGGCAGCCGUCGCCUCUCCCCCUUGGGAGCCGCCGCUGCUCUUCUAGGCCGCGCGCCCGGGCGCUCCAGCAGGCCAACCGCGACUUCCGGAUCGGGGUCCCCGAAAGCGGCGAGCCGGCCCUCUUGCCGCGGCACCUGCUCGGCCCCGGCCGCUCCGACGGCUCUUCGCCCUGCGAGGGAUGAUCGGCCGCCGCCACUGUUGAGCCAGGCGCCCGUGGUCCCCGCUCCGCCGAGGACUUCCCCGAGGGGCGAAGAAGAAGCCGCCCUCGCCAGCGAGGAAGCCGCGCCACUUCAUCCCGCGUUCUCACCGCCAACAGGUCAUGGAAGUCCACGUCGGGCUGGGCAGAGUCUACGCCCGGCCGCCGGGCAAAACUUUCCGCGGCGCUUUCCAGAGCCUUUUCCAGAGCGUCCGUGAGGCUUUUCAGAGUCCCGGGCCCGGCGGAGCGCGAGAGGAGCUCGGGCCCGGCGGCCAAAGCGCGGGCUCUCCGUCGGCCGGCCCGUGUCCGCCGGGCGCCCGCCUGCAGGAGCCCAGCCCACGGCAGCACCAGCCGCCCGCCUCCCCUUCUUACCUGCCGCUGGAUGAGCCCGCGGCGGGCAGCAAAGGGCUUCAGCCGGCCGACCGCGAGACCCAUCCGGCGGCUGCCGCCUCUUCCUCCUCGGCCGCCUCCUCGUCGCUGGCCUUGCUGGCCCCUUCGUUCCAGAGCUGCUCCGGGGACCUGAAGGACCUCUUGGCCGGGAGCAGCCUCCUGCCGGCGACCGAAGGGGAGCCGCGCGGCGGGGCGGCGAGCGGCGGCGAAGCCAGCGCGGCCAAGGAAGACUACUUGGGCGAGAGCGCCAAGGAGCUGUGCAAAGCCGUCUCGGCCUCCAUGGGCCUGGCGGUGGAAGUGCUCGAAGGGCCCGGCGGCGGCGGAGAAGCGGCCACGAGCCGCGGCGACUGUAUGUUCGCGCUGCCGGGCUCGCAAGCUCGUCCCGUGGCGGUGGGGGGCUGCAAGAUCGUCGAAGCCGAGCAGGAAGGCGGCGGCGGCGGCGGCGAGGGCGAGGGUGCGCUGGCCAUGGACGUGCCGGGCCACCUCAGCCUCUUCAAGAGCUCGCCGGAGCUGGACGAGCCCCCGACGGGCGCCUUCCAGAGCCGCGACUUCUACAACUUCCAGCUGGCGCUCGCCUCGCACGGCCGCAUCAAGCUGGAGAGCCCGCUGGAGUACGCGGCGGGCGGCCUCUGGGGCGCGCAGUACCGGCGCGCCGGGGAGAUACCCGCCUUGGCGCCCCACUACGCCGCCCCUCCGGGCCCGGCCUGGCACCCCUUCUUCGCCGAGGAUGCGCAAGUCUACGGCCCCUGCGCCUCGACCGAGGCCGCCGCCGCCGCCCCCUUCGGCUACGGCAGGGGCCAAGGGCCGAGCGGCCAAGAAGGAGCCGAGCUGCCCUCCGAGAUGUGGUACCCCGGAGGCGUGAUGGGCAGGAUGCCCUUUGCUCCGGCCACCGGCUGCAUCAAGACGGAGCUCGGGCCUUGGAUGGAGGGCUACGCGGGCGCCUACGGAGACGUCAGGCUGGAAUCUGGAAGGGACCAUGUUCUGCCAAUUGACUAUUAUUUCCCACCACAGAAGACAUGCCUGAUAUGUGGGGACGAAGCGUCAGGAUGCCACUACGGAGCGCUGACCUGUGGAAGCUGCAAAGUCUUCUUCAAAAGGGCAGCUGAAGGUAAACAAAAGUAUCUCUGUGCCAGCCGAAAUGACUGCACCAUUGAUAAAUUCCGAAGAAAAAACUGUCCCUCCUGUCGCCUGAGAAAAUGCUACGAAGCAGGGAUGACCCUUGGAGCCCGCAAGUUAAAGAAAUUGGGCAACCUGAAGUUGCAAGAAGAAGGGGAGACAGCAGGACCAUCGAGCCCCACUGAGGAGCAAGCCACGAAGAUGCCCCUAGCGCACAUCGAUGGCCUGGAAUGCCAGCCUAUCUUCCUCAAUGUCCUGGAAGCGAUUGAGCCCGGCGUGGUUUGCGCAGGGCAUGACAAUAACCAGCCCGACUCCUUUGGCUCCCUUCUCACCAGUUUGAAUGAACUUGGAGAGAGGCACCUGGUCCAUGUGGUGAAAUGGGCCAAAGCCUUGCCAGGGUUCCGCAACCUGCAUGUAGAUGACCAGAUGGCCAUCAUUCAGUACUCCUGGAUGGGCUUGAUGAUUUUUGCCAUGGGAUGGAGGUCCUUCACCAAUGUGAAUUCUCGGAUGCUUUAUUUCGCUCCAGAUUUGGUCUUCAAUGAGUACCGGAUGCACAAAUCCAGAAUGUACAGCCAAUGUGUCAGGAUGCGGCAUCUCUCUCAAGAAUUUGGAUGGCUUCAGAUUACUCCUCAAGAAUUUCUCUGUAUGAAGGCUCUGCUCCUCUUCAGUAUUAUUCCAGUGGAUGGGCUAAAGAAUCAGAAGUUCUUUGAUGAGCUCCGGAUGAACUACAUCAAGGAGCUGGACCGGAUCAUCGCUUGCAAAAGGAAGAACCCCACGUCUUGUUCACGUCGCUUCUAUCAGCUCACGAAGCUCCUGGACUCUGUGCAGCCGAUCGCCAGAGAACUGCAUCAGUUUACAUUUGACCUCUUGGUGAAGUCACACAUGGUGAGCGUCGACUAUCCUGAAAUGAUGGCUGAGAUCAUCUCGGUGCAGGUCCCCAAGAUCCUUUCUGGGAAAGUGAAACCCAUCUACUUCCACGCCCAGUGAUGGUGAGCGGCAGACGGGCCUCCUUUUCCUCGGGUCCCUGGACUCCUGCACUGCAGUGCCUUGGCACGCUGUGUGUCCUCAACAGAUGCACAGUAACCACAAAGAACUCUUUGCUGGGCCCACUUUCAGGUUUCUGUUUUCUGCUUUCCCCCGAACUGCCUUCGCCUUGAGAGAUCUACUCUGGACAUUUGCCGGCUUCAGUGUCUCACCGUGUGCAUGGACUUCCUCUUUCAGUUUUGUGGCGUGGUGCCUGGCGGCACUGUUUACAUUCUUGUGCUUGUGCAUUCCCCACCGUGGCUUUGGUGGCCCCUUUGCAACCAAAAGGAAGCGUCGGUUCAAAAAACGUCCAUCGCCGCUUUUCUGGUGGUUCUCCCUGCUGCUGUUUGUUUUCUAACCAAUGGCAAGCAGGUCAUUAGAUGCUGGGGAUAAGGGGAGACUUUCAAGCUGGAUGGGGUUUUUUUGUGGUGGGGAGAGGGGUGUAUUUUGGGUUUGUUUUAGCAGUUCUGGCAGCCUCUUUUUCGUCUCUCUGAGAAAAGGUCUGAAGUGUCCCUGGAAAUAACGAAGAGACGCCAACCCCAAAGCAGACAAAGAGAAUGUAGUUGACACACAUGAUCCGUGCGCCUGCUAGACUUUGGUUUCAGAGAGGGCUUUCUUUGCAUAUACAAUCAUGCUCGAGACACCCAGCAUUGGUCCAACUAUGCACACAGAAUAACAGGGUUGGAAGGGGCCUUGGAGGUCUUCUAGUCCAACCCCCUGCUCGAGCAGGAGACCACAGACAGCCACCGUGUUCCCGGCACUCAGACCUUCAGCUACAUUUUCUCUCUUGGACAGAACCGAGGAGCCAGGGGUCACCCAUUGCAGUGGCUGUUGUAGAAGACCACUCAGAAGAUGCUCGCAGCCGCGGCUCCCUAAUCCAGAGAGCCCCCUUCAUGCAGUGGUUCUUGGGAGGAAUAAGAAGGUCUGGAAGUUUUCCCAAUGCCCAGAAAUGAUGGGGGCCCUCUUUUUUUUGCAGCUAGUACUACUUCAUCUUUCUUCGUCUGUGGACCAUGAGCCAGAAGUAAAAACAUUUGCCCAGUGAAUGUGAACACAUUCCAGUUGUGAGCUUUUUUUAAUCUUUCCAUGGACUCUCCCUCUCUCCCUCCCUUUAGUACUCAGUUCUAUUUUUGUUCCCUUCCCGCAGCUUCCAAUGCUCUCCAAGUCUCUGUUCGCCUCCUCUUAGCUCUGCCUCUCGUUGCAGGCCAUUCAUUUCACUUCCUAGAGGCUUCCUUGGAUCACUUGCUUUUUGCUGCAUGGCAGGGAACUGUCUCAGAAAUCGUACAACUUGGCGAGACUUCCUGGGAACCUCUACCCGCAUUGUCCUAGCCCAGCCCAGCCCAGAACAAUUUCUUCCAAACUUCACUUGAGUUCAUGAUGAUUGUGUUAAACUGCAAAAAAAUCAAUGAUGAAUCCCUCUUUUCCUUUCUGCAACUUCUGUUGGAACAAUAGGAGAAACUGCCUUAUCCAAGGAGAUAAGGAAAACUACCCUCCCCAAAUUAUACCUCUUUUUUAUGGGAAACAAAAGUCCCCCCCCCUUUUUUUUUCUAACCCAGCUGCACCGUUGGUAUCACUUACCAGGAAUUCCCAUGAGCUGGUAGCCAAAGAUUCAGAGAAGCCAUGUGGGUGAAUUAGGUUUUUUGUUUGUUUGUUUUGCUUUGCUUUUCAGGAAAAAAAACACACCUGGGAAAAGAAAAUUCAAAACAUGCCAUUGGAUGUUAGUAGAUGGUAGUAAGAGAGCAUAUGAAAAGCCUGUGGUUAUAAUGAGAACAUUAUCUUGGAUUAUUUUUCUGUUAGGUACCACUUUUUAGCACAAGAUGACAUCUACUGAGAAUAACAAAGGUGAAAUUAGGAUCAAACAUUUGGAGAGCUGUUUGGCCCUCCUGAGGCCUGGCGUGAUUCUUCAUCUGCUGUGAUUUCAAGAUGUCUUGCUCGGAGUUUGAAACUUACCCGCCUUGGGUCAUUUUGAUCUGAUGCUUAAGAUCAUUAAUUACCUGGCCGUUGUUGUGUCUUUGAUGGAUCCUGCACACUCCAGGCCUCAGCUAAAGGAAAAACAAGGUUAAAUUUCUAGCAACGCUGAGUUAAAAUGACCAGCAUUCGGUUUCAUCUCUGCAGGAACAAGAACAAUAAAACAGCAAUACAUUGAAUUAGCUUUUGCUUCUGUGUGAUGCUGUCCAUUGCAUUGCUAAAAUAAAUCUAUUUCGGCUGCUUUUUAAUUUUUGGAUUGUUAACAAUAAUUAGACAGAACCAUUGAAAUAUGUCCCUGUUUUCGGUACUGAGGUUGCCUCUCCUCUCAUUCUUAGAACAAACAGUGACAAUGCUAUGGGUGUUUGGACUUUCCUGAACCUUGUUCAUGCCAUCUCAAGAGAUUUUUUUUGAAAAACACAACAAAGUUCUUUUUUAAAGACAAGAAUCUACAUUUUGGAUGAUUGGUUUGAAAGCCUUCUCCUCCUCCCACAUACAUGGAACUAGAUGAAUUGCACUCUUAACCCUCCUUCCCUGUAGACUCAGUAUAAUUUCAUUAUUCGUUUUUUGGAAUGUUUCCUCAGACGCCCCUAUAAAUGAAUGAAGAUAAGUUGGGCGAGCCCGAAUGGCUCAGAUCAGUGUGUUGAUUCAACUUCCCUCCACUGCAUCGUUCUUGUGAUGUGCCUUCCACAGCGCUGGCUGUGGGGAACUGUAUCCGUGCAUGCAUGCUGUACUUGGUUUCAGGGUAUUUUCCUCCCAUGCUCAAAUCUUCUGAAAAUCUUGAAAUUCAAGGGCAACAUGCGUCUUCAUGCUAAGCUGUUGCAAAAGGGCAGCGCUCCUCUUGAUAUCUUCAAGAUCCACGCGCAACCAAAGUGCCACCUCUGGUAGACCGUUGCAAUCUAGCAUGGCUGCUUCAUGUUUUUGAUACCACAGUGAACAUGCUAGAUCUUCAAGUACCCCAGGUUCAUUUAUGGUUGCUGUAACCUGUCGUCCAGCAGCUUGAUUUCUCAUCUGUCUCUUCAGCAUCAAGCCAUCUUCCGAUGUGCAUCAGGUCCAGGAGAAGCUUUGUUUUCUGGCCAUUUCUGGAAGAUUCCUUUCAAAUCCUUUUUAAUGAAUGUCAUGUAAAUAUUGGCGAAUGGAUUAGUGGUGGUCGGGAGUUAAAUAUUUACUUUCUUCAGCUUAUUUACGGUGGACUACUGCUGCAGCAGUACUAAGGGAAUUGUGGGGGAGGGGGAAGCUUACGAAUUAUGAAAAGCAUUUACAAAAUCAUAGUCAUCAGUCCAUAUUUUUAGUACCGUGCAUUUUAUGCAUCAAAAUUAUUACACAUUUUUAAAAGUGUACUUAAGCUUGAGUACGUUCUAUUCUGCCAUAUGAUAAUUGCCUUUUGUGAUACAAGAAGCUAUUUGCCAGACCCCAGUCGCUGUGAAAAUGCACAGGAUUGUAAAAAAAACUGACAAAUGGGGGUGGGGGGAUGAAUAAUUGUCUUGCUGCUGCUGCCUCUGGCUCCUUCGCUCCAGAAGGGGGUCCUGUCCUCCACCCCCACUUCCCGGGGCAUGCUUGAUCUUGUUCCUUUGGCAGUUGGGAAGAAGGAGGAAGGCCGUAAAUUGAAGGAAAGAGGCAUUCCCAUCACCAAAGAAAGGACCUAUGCAUUUGACCCUAGACAACAUCACAAUUCUGAUGACAAUGGCUGUGCAUCACAGAUUUGGGAUUUCUUGUAUUUUAUUUUUGAUGUGGGAUGUAUGUGCUUAAGAAUCUUAGAUUUUCUAUAGUUAAAGAUGCCUAUAUCUAUGUUUUCCCCCCUUUUCUUUGGGAAAACUUUUUUUUCCCAAUCCCGUCCCUUAAUUUUACUGGAACUCUUGAGUUCUCUUUUUGUCUGAAGCACUUUGUAAAAAGCUUAGGCUGCUUCUGUGUUCACUUGUUGCAAUUUUGACCGAAAGAAUGUGUUUGUAAUGUUAGUACCAAAGAAUGUUAUUUAAAGUGGGAAAAAACAGAUUUCUGAAUUAGUUGGACUCUUGCUCUGGGGCACAUGGAGAAUUCUCUGCUGUGCUGCUGGGAUGGAGGGCCAAGGCAGAAAAGCAUAGCACGAAAAGAUGGUACGAAUGGAUUUCCUGGCCUGCUGAAAAGAGCAGCCAGCCAGAAGGGAAUAGCCCUGUUGGUUGCAUUAUUUGCACUGGGUGGGGAGCCAGGCCCUAAUAUUGCUCCCGUUUGAUCGUACGAAAGGUUUUUGAUGCUCACAGCUACUCAGAGAGUGGAAGAAAACUCUUUUGCCAGAGAGAGAGGGAGAGUUUUUACAGCUCAGCCUCAAUCUGGGCAGUGAACGAGGACAGGGAGGCUAAAGGUAGUAGAACUCUUCUGUUUCCCUUACCUGCACCUAUGAGGAUAUUGCAAACCACCGGUUGAGGGAGGAGGGUCAGGCUGCGUCCAGAGGAGGACAUAGCCUUUGUCUCUCUUGCUGGAAAGGAGUCCUUUGCCAGAGAAGAUGGCCAGGGGAGGAGGACAUGCAAAAGUCAGGACAGAGUCAAGCGAGACAUUGUUCUGCGUGACACGGCUUUCAUUCUUAGCAGAAGUAGACCGGUUUUGCAUUGAAUGUGUAGAAAGCAGAAGGGCUCCAAGCACCAGAGUCUGGUGCUUGUUUGAAGAGCCUGGUGGUGUCUGGGGGGUGGGGGAGGGAUAGACUUUUUUUUUUUUAGCAUAGCUGGAGCCAGAAAUAAUUCUGUAAAAAUUGUGGCACUUUUUAAAAAAAAAGUUACAUUUGUUAAUCUGCUUGUGUAUUUUUUUAAUUAAAUCUUUGCAGACAUAGAUGAUUGUUAGAUGAGGUCACCCAACUGGCUGUGCACUGGAGUUGUGAGGGGGUGGAAGCUAGAUGGACCUGUUCAAGUUUCUAUGGUCUUAAUACAGUCAAAUAAGCUUGAUGCUAUAAAAUAUACAUACCAGCCAAACAGCUGAAAUAUUGUCCUCAAAACAGCUGCCCACCCAGCUCUCCAGGGCCCAGGAACUGCCUGUCAGAUGCCUGUCGAACAGCAGGAGAUAAAGAAUAAUUUCAUUAGGCUAAGAAUUCAUUGAAAGAAUAUGAAACGGAGGGAUGGAUUCUUUGUUAUGGCCAAUGGUCAUAAAAUCAUUGCAUACAUAAAACUAAUGAUGGUUGAUUGAUUGAUUGAUUGAUUGGGUGGAUGGGCGAGCAGAUCAGUCCAGUUGCUGUGCAUUUUGCAUAUUACAUGACACAAUGUGGCCACACUUAAAGAAAAUCAUGGCCUUAUAUCCAGGAAGUGGUCUUUAAUUAACGGUGCCAAAGCAGAUAGAACCAGCCAUUUAUUUACCAGCCAAUUGUCUACUGACACCGACAGAAGAACUUGUAAUUGACUUUAUUAGUGUCAGAAUUAGACACACAAGUGUAAUUCAGUGUCAGACACUUCGAUGGAGAUGCUGGGCACAACCACAGAAGCCGCUGCAGCCACAGGUCUUGCGAUGUGAGGCUAGGGCAAGCAAUCUUUUCUGGUGGGUUGCAGCUGUACGUCCCAGUUGCAGAGGUGAAAUACCCAAGAGCCCAUGUACACCCAGCCUCAAGGGACAGAAGUCAACUGGGAACUGUUAAAGAGAGGAUGUUACAAGACAAAACAUCAGCCUUUUGUUUCUGACUUCAUUAGUAUGUUGUGUGUUUAAUAGAAGGUGACAGUUGUCAUUGGACAGAGGGAAAAUUUCAUGCUGUAAACCGGUUCUGAUCUUUGUAACCUUGGAUUCUAUUCUUCCUCCAAAUACAGUUUUAAAAAGCAAA